AUGGUGGAGUUCCUGUGGAAACCAGUGGAGGACGUGGAUCCACAUACAGUUGUCCCAAAUGUGACUAUCCACACACUACAAAGUAUGGCUUCGAUUUUACCUGCUUCCAAUAAACCCAUGAGAUCUGACCAGAAUACAUACGUUGGGAAAGGUUUUGUUCAUGUUAAAAAUCCUUACCUGGAUUCUAUGGAUGAAGACAUUCUCUAUCACUUGGAUUUAGGAACAAAAACACACAACCUAGCAGCAAUGUUAGAGGAUGUAAAGUUUGUCUGCGUUGGUGGGAGCCCCAACAGGAUGAAAGCAUUUGCACUGUUUGUGCAUAAGGAGCUCAGGUGGCAGGACAGCGGGGAGGACAUAAAGGACAUCUGUGCCAGGACGGACAGUUACUGUAUGUACAAAACCGGUCCCGUGCUCUCCAUCAGCCAUGGCAUGGGGAUCCCCUCCAUUUCGAUCAUGCUGCAUGAACUCAUCAAAUUACUGCACCAUGCCCAGUGCUGUGAUGUCACCAUGAUCAGAAUGGGUACAUCAGGGGGAACAGGGGUCGCACCGGCUGUUGUAAUAACAGACACAGCUGUGGACUCCUUCUUCAAGCCCAGAUUUGAACAGGUUGUCUUGGACAACGUUGUCACCCGAAGUACUGAACUUGACAAGGGACUGGCGGAGGAACUAUUCAACUGCAGCGGAGAAAUUCCCAACUUCCCAACCCUCAUUGGACAUACGAUGUGUACCUAUGAUUUUUAUGAAGGCCAGGGUUGACUAGAUGGAGCCCUGUGCAGCUCCAGAGAGAAAAAGGUAGAUUACUUGAAGAGAGCACAUAUAGCUGCUGUCAGGAAUAUCGAGAUGGAAUCUACAGUGUUGGCGGCCAUGUGUAGACUCUCUGGUCUGAAAGCUGCUGCGGUCUGUGUGACACUCCUGGACAGACUUGAAUGUGACCAGAUCAACUUGCCCCAUGAUAUCCUGGUGGAGUACCAGCCACAGCCCCAGCUCCUAAUCUCCAACUUCAUCAAACAGCGGCUUGGACUGCGUGACCAGCCAUCAUAACUGGGCAGCCCAACUCUUCCCUGCAAGUUCAAGUUGUCAUGUUGACAUUACAUAUCAUUUGUGGCAUUUUCAUAGAGUUCUCAUCCACAUGCUAAAAUCAUAAUAGAGUGAUUUUAUAAAAACCCCUUUCUCCUAAAAAAAAAAAAGAAUUUAUUUUAAAAGAAUUUAAUACAUUCAUUAAGUUCAGAUUUUAUUUUAGAAGUCAGUGUAAUAAUUAAACAUUUAAAACUCCUGAACUGUGACAUUUGGAGUUUCAUAUGCAGCAUUAAUUAAGCUCAUAUCAAAAUAGAUCAGCCAUUUGUAGACACGGUUCCCGGUCACUGUUUCGGAAACCCAUCCAGAAAUUCAUGAUAGAAUGUUGUCAGGCACCCUCGGUAUUGGUCAAGUGACAGGAAUAGAUCAUGCACACUCAAAAUAUUUACAGAAAAAACUGUGCAUGUAAGAUAAGUCUACAUUAAAAAGCAACCCUUUGGGAAAUAUGACCAUACUUCUUUCUCCCCUUGCAUGAUCUCAGCACACCACGGAGUAGGGUUAGAGGCUUAUGUUUGCCUAUGUUUGUGGUUUUAGCAUGAAAUAUAAUCACGUUUAUUUUCAAAUGAAAACCCUCAGUAAUGCAAAGAUUCUCAUUUUUCUUCAGAAAUCACAAAUGAUUCAACCCUCUUCUAACAAUUUUUUUCCUUUGAAGGAGAUAUAUUUUGAAGAGGCUGUAUUUUUUAUGUUAUUUCCAUAUUUACCUAAUAAAUGGAGGA